AUGGCCGAGGAGGACAAGAUCUCCGCUGGGGGAAGACGCAGCGAGGAGCGCCCCCAUCCCAGCGGGCCCCGGAAGUCAUCCUCGAAGCUGCAUGCUCUCAGCUACUCGGAGUCCGACCUCUGGAGGAACGGCCUCCUGCGGACGUUUGGGACCCUGCCCUGGCGGAGGCGGCAAAGCAGCCAUCUGGAGCUCUCAGGCACCGGCGCUGGUGGUACAGGACACCUGGGGAGCUCACUGGGCAAGCCCUGGCCUUUCGGGCGGCUACAGAGACCAGCGGUCGGCAGUGAUUUGGAUAUGGUAGGCCGUCUUGACCUGUGCUCUGCUGGGAACCUGGCCAGAGAGCAAGAGACUGCAGAGCCAUCUGCUUGGCCCAGGGACACAGGGAACUCGAAGCCAGCCAUACCCAGCCAGGUGGAAAUCUUCACAUCCUUUGACUCUCUGCUGGGCAAAGAAGAUGGGAGUUCCUGGGGAGGGUCUGUUUCCAUCAGCAGCUCCUCCCUGGACUUCCCCACCAGCCCUGAGACGCAGGAGGAAGACUACAAGCUUCCAGCUUCCCAGGAGGAACCCAGCAGAGCCUCAGAGCCUCUGACAGAGUGGGCUGAAAGAGUUUUCCAAGAGUAUUUAGACUCAGGGACCUUCCGCCCUAAGGUGGCGGGACAGCCAGACCAUGUGAGCCAUGGCCACAGAGAAUCCAUCUCUGAACCAGAGACUUGUCCAUUCACCAGCCCUGCCUAUAAUCGGAUCAGCAGGACAGAGGACCCUGCAAUAGGCAGGGAGAGCCCGGAAUGGCCUCUGGAGACUAUCCAUCGGGUUGAACCCGCCCCUGCCAAGAGGCCUGCGAAGAUCCGUUACGAGGUAAUGAUCACUCUGACCAAGGAGCAGGAAGAGGGUGCGAAGAGCGGAGCAGAGGAUCGGCCUAGGGUCUGUGGGAAUGGACCGGGUUCCCACGGAGCUGCGAAGUCACCUGGGGAGGCAGGAGUUUCUCAGGGGAUUGCUGAGUUGCAGAAAAUGGAUGAGCAAUGUCAUGGGGAACCAGCCAGACCGGCUCUCCAGCUGGCAGCACACAAGGAAUUCCAAACCUUCACACGGCAAAGGGAGGGUACUGUUGGGGUGACCGGGCAGGUCCGCCCAGUCCCAGGGUGCCUGGUGACACCUCUGCAAGGAUCAGAGCCCAGCCCCAGGCAGAGACGGGACGGGCAGGAACAGAGCCUGUGCCACGACAGGGACCUCUCGGCAGCGGAGGGGAGAGCCGUCUGCGCGGCAGGAGCCCCGGCCAGCAGCUCCCCCAGCUCCUCUGGGCCGUGCAGAGAUCGCCCGGGGGCGGCAGGCGAGGAGGCCCAAUCAGAGGGAGGCCGUGACGCUGGGACGGGCCUAGACGAGAUGAAGAAGGUUGGCGGUAGCUCCCACGCCCAUCACCCCAAGCCAGGAGAGUCCACCCGGAGCACCUGGUUCAGCUGGAAGAAAGCACCUGCUGAUCAGCCCGAGGAAGAGGCCAAGCCCGGCUUCCGCAAGGUCUCUUUGCUGUCACGGAGGUUAGAGGCUGCCGCCAGCCCCUCCCGGGUGUCGAUGCUGCUGGAGGCCUGGGAGAAGGGAACAAUAGGCAGGGAAUCUUCAGACUUGCCUUCUCCAACAGACGGCAGCUGCUCCCCAUCUCCCGGCCUGCGGCAGGAUUUCUCUGAACACACGCCCGUGUUCUCACAAAUCUAUUCUCCAGUUCAAAGGGAGACGAGGCCGACUGAAAGGGGAAAGCAGGCUGCUGAUAGCACUGCACUCACUGAAUCCCAGAGGGAUGGCCACCUGCCCGGCGCUGUCAGCACCACUGCAUCCACUGGACCCCCAAGAGAAAGCCACUUGCCCGGUGCAAAUGGCAUCACUACACUCAUUGGGUCCCCAAAAGAAAGCCACAUGCCCAGUGCAGGUGGUUUCACUACACCUGUUGGGUCCCCGAGAGAAAGCCACGGGCCCAGUGCUGUUGGCACCAAUACGCCCAUUGGGUCCCCAAGAGAAAGCCACGAGCCCAGUGAAAUUGGCACCAAUACGCCCAUUGGGUCCCCAGGAGAAAGCCACGGGCCCCGUGCUGUUGGCAUCACUACUGUAACCAGUUCCCAAAAGCAAUGGCACAUCCCAAAUGCUGGCAGCAUUACUGUAUUUAGAUCCGAAAGGGAAAUCCUCAUGCUCAAAGCUGGAAGCACUGUUGAGUUUAGAUCCGGAAGAGAAGUCACUGGGCCUAACGUGGAGAGCACCAGUGUAAGCGAAUUCGCACGAGGGAGCAGGCAGUGUGCUGGUGGAAGCCUGAUGGCCCUUGGUGAGGCUGCUGGUAGCUCUGCAGCUGGCUUGCAGGGAGAAAGCCGCAUGUCGCAAGCUGGCGGCGCCGAUGUGACUGAAUCCAAAGGAGACAGGGGCAUGCUGGGCGCCUUUAGCACCAGCAUAAAUGCACCCCAGAGGCAGAACAGUCCCUUCGCUGUGAGCGGAUCUGAAACCGACUGCAGCCUGCCAGGUCUGGGCGGCGCGGCCUCAGCUGGGUCGGCAGUGGAAAGCGGCAUGCCAAGCACUGCGGGUGCCGUGUUAGCUGCACCCGGGACAGAGAGCACGUCUAAUGCUGCUGGCUCGCCUGGACAUAGUGCCCAAGGAGACAGUGGCAAUCCAGAGCCUUUAGCUGGCGUGCAGCUGUUGGCCUCCCAGGCUAAGGUCAGGGGUGAGGGGGAUGAACCAGCAUGGAGCUCCGAGGGAUCUGCACAAGAGUCCAACGUUUCAUCUGAAGAGACCAAGGCCUCCCCUGAAGCCUUGAGCCACGCCCAGCCAACGGGGAGUCCCCAGGAGACGGCAGAAGAGGACCCCGACCUGUCUGUGGACAUGGAACUUUUGGUGGACACCCUCCGUAGCAUGGAGCCCUCCGAAAUCCGAAAGCCUCCCAAGAUCUCCCGGCCAUCGCGCUCUUCCUCACGUGGAAAAUACGUUACCCUGCCGCCCAUUGACGAGCAUCACAUUGCUCCCAAGUCCCAGGUUCCCCUCCCAGAGGCCCUCAGCAAGCUCUUUGGUCGGACAGAACAGAAGCAUCUGGAGGAGAAUGGACCAAAAUGGGAGAACGUGGAUCCCGAGGAGGAGGAGGAGAUAGAGAACCCGUAUCUCAGUAAGGUUGAUAAGCCACAGGCCGAAGAGGAGCCCAGGAAAGUUUACCCCUGGGAAAACAUGUCAACUGAAAUAGAGGAGAAGACGCUGUCCCUCCUGGGGAAGUUGAGGCAGCCCCCAGGGGACGAGAAGGCUUCCAGGAAUCAAAGCAUCCUUUUCAAUGCUAACAUCCUCAAAGGUGCCUCCCUGCUGACAGAUCUCCGGGAGCAGAAGGCCAUCCCCACGGAAGACAAGCCCUACUCCCGCUUGGACAGCAGCCUCCUCUACAGGCGGUACAUCUCCUCCGUGACGCCCCCGCUCAAAGCUCUGGAGAAGGAGCGAGAAGGAAGGAGCUCACCCACGCCAAUUGACCUGGCUCUGCUAAAUGCCAGAGAGCAGGACUGGAUGCCACCCAAUGGACCACAGUUGAAACCCUGUGAACAGCUGACCUCUGAGCCUUCCCCCGCUGGAGUCCAAGUCUCUCUGGACCCUCAGAAGGCACCAGGCAUAGACAAAAGCACUGGCCAGAUUCCUUUGCUCUUCAUGGAGGCUGAGCAGAAAAAUACUCCUCCCCUGUUGCUGGGUCACCCUGCAGCUGGGGAAGAGGCAAAGAACUCCCCCACGAAGCUCCACGGGAGACCUGGGAAGAUCAUUCUGUUCUCCGAGUCGGGCUUCGCGGGCCAGAAGAGGGAGAUCUGGGGCGAUGUCGCUGACGCUACGUCCUGGGAGCUCUCCCACACCAUCUCCAUCCGGGUGGUGUCUGGCUGCUGGGUGAUGUACGAGAAGCCGCGAUUCCACGGGCGGAAGUGUGUGCUGGCCGAGGGGGAUGUGGAGAUCAAUAAUCCAUGGACAGCCUAUCGGAAAGACGGGGAGGUGCCUGAGAACGCGCCCUUCCGCAUCGGCUCCUUCAAGAGGGUGGUGAGGGAUUAUCGGAUCCCCGAGAUCAGUUUGUUUACUGAGGAGAAUGGAGAAGGCACAAAAGUGAGGUUCACGGAUUCCUCAGAAGACACCCGGAUCUGUGGCCAGCCCUUGAAGGCCUCUUCCAUCAUUGUCCACUCUGGCCUGUGGCUCAUUUACUCCAGACCCUUCUUUGAUGACGACCCCUAUGUUUUGGAACCUGGCGGGUAUCCCAAUUUAAAAGCCUGGGGUGCAAAGGACCCUUCCGUCUGCUCUAUGCAUCCUAUUAAACUGGGCUGCCCUGCUGUAGAGAAACCUGGGGAGCCCAAGGCAGUGAUCUAUGAGAAGGCAUGUUUCCAGGGCCACAGCUGCGAAGUGAACCGAGACAUCUAUGCUCUGAAGAAGCAGGAGAACAGCCAGGGCCCUGUGAUGUCCACAAUGGGGUCUCUGCGCAUCCUGGGGGGCUGCUGGGUCGGCUACGAGAAGGAGGGGUUCCGGGGCCACCAGUAUCUGCUGGAGGAAGGCGAAUACCAUGACUGGACGCAGUGGGGCGGCUACAAUGACGAGCUGGUGUCCUUACGGCUGAUCCGGACGGACUUCUCAGACCCAGCGCUGGUGCUCUUUGAGGCCAAGGACUUCCAGGAUGGGCCCAGUGUGGAGCUAAGCGAAGCGCUGCCCGACGUGGAGCUGGCCAGCUAUGGAAUCACAACCCAGUCCAUCCACGUGCUGAGUGGAGUGUGGGUGGCUUAUGAGAACACAAACUUCUCAGGCGAGCAGUACAUCCUGGAGAAAGGAGUGUAUCGGAACUGCGAAGACUGGGGAGCCAGUGACAGCCGGAUCUCCUCAGUGCAACCUGUCCUCCAGGUCGCGGAGCACAGUCUGCAUAUUGUCUCCAGGAUCCAGCUGUUCUCAGAUCCCAAUUACCUCGGUGAUCACAUCUCCUUUGAGGACGAUCAGGUUUCCCUGCCGGAGGCCUUCACUCCCCAGUCCUGCAGGGUCCACGGAGGCAGCUGGAUUCUCUAUGACGGCUGGGAGUUCAAGGGGGAACAGCACAUUCUAUCGGACGGCGAGUAUCCGACGCUCACCGCCAUGGGCUGCGUCUCGUCCACGGUCACCCGGUCGCUGAAGAAGGUCCCAAUUGUAAGUAUUUCAAAUCCCAAUGCUGCCUCCUCAUCCCCCUUAGCAGUUUCUUGGCUUUGCCUGCGUAUCGCCAUGUGUAUCCUCCCUGCCUGCCCCAUCCUGCCCCAUCGCUGCUUCCAUCCCUUUCCCCUUUCCCUGCAGUUUUUCUCGGAGCCCUCGAUCUUCCUCCAUGGGCUGGAGCGUUUUGAAGGGAAGGAGAUAGAGCUGACGAGCGAAGUGCGGAGCCUGCAGGCCGAGGGCUUCAAUAACCACGUGCUGUCUGUGCGCGUGAAAGGCGGGAUAUGGGUGCUGUGUGAACACAGCAACUUCCGAGGCCGCCAGUGGCUGCUGGACUCUACAGAGAUCACCAACUGGCUGACCUACAGCGGGCUUCAGCACAUAGGCUCCCUCUACCCCAUCAGGCAGAGACGGAUCUACUUCCGGAUAAAAAACGCGGAGCUGCAGUUCUUCCUCUCUGUCCCAGAUGACGUUGAGGACAUGAAAGCAGGACGCGUGGUGGUCUCGGACCUGAGUGACCAGAGCAGCUCCAUCUGGUACUACGAGGAGGGGCUCAUCAAAAACCAGGUUGCCCCCACCAUGAGCCUGCAGGUGAUUGGUCUGGCCGGGAAAGGCGCCAAGGUGGUGCUGUGGGCUGAGAGCCGAGUUCCCCGCCAGACCUGGAGAAUCGAUUCUUUUGGGCGGAUCUGUAGCCAGAUGUUUGAGGACAUGAUCCUGGAUGUGAAAGGGGGCAGAUUGUAUGACCGAGAUCACGCCAUCCUCUGGGACGUGGCUGAGGAAAGAUCCACGCAGAUCUGGGACAUACAAGUGCUCUAAGAGCUUACAUUCAGGCCUGGAUCCUGUUGGAGGUGCCACCAAGUGCCCCCAGCUCUUCCCACGGUCUUUCUGGGUUAUCAGGGUUCCUUGCAAACUGGUUCAGGGGUGCUGCUACCAGAAAGUAUCCCCUGCCCUAGAAUGGAGCCUGGACAGGCACAUGUCUCUGCAGCCUCUCCUCUGCCCGCUGGCCAUUCUAGGGUAGUGACUACUCCAGUUCAACCCUUCGUCAAUUCCAGGGAUUGCCUGGGAGUGGAGGUGGCACUGGCUGUCCUGUUUCAGCAUUCAGGGGCUCAUCAGGACCUACCUGAACUAUAGUGAAUCGCCUGUGAAGUGCCAUGUGGUACCCGUGUGCACACGUGAGUGCCGUGCAAUGGGCCAUUUGGAGUCCUCAGGUGCCGAACCGGUUCUGGUGUGGCUGAUUUGGGCUGUACACCAAAGACUGAAACACAGACUCCUGCCCCGUCAUGGCUUCCUAAGCCCCUGUAUUUAUGUGUGUGUCAGAUACGAUCCCUUUUCUAACACCAGCUCUCUGACUGGGUGCUCGGUUUGUAUCACCAGUCGCACGCUAACACACUCGUUGAGCUGGUCUCUGAGAUGCUGCUCAAUGGAUGGACGUGAGACACUACGGCAGGGGUUCUCAAACUGGGGGUUAUUACUUGGGGGGGUCGCGAGCUGUCAGCCUCCAUCCCAAACCCCGCUUCGCCUUCAGCAUUUAUAAUAGUGUUAAAUAUAAAAAGAUGUGUUUUUUAAUUUAUAAGGGGGGUUGCACUCAUAUGCUAGCUGUGUGAAAGGGGUCACCAAUACAAAAGUUUGAGAACCA